AUGAACGCAGAUACGUGCGUUUCAUAUUGUAAUAUCACAUCGAUGGAUUCAUAUUAUAACACGUCUUCGCCACACGGCACGAAUCCCGUAAGGACAUUCCAAACGAGUGAAUCCAAAUACAGCCCAACAUUCCUACCAAGCAAAGGACAACAGGGUUACGGGAAGAAGUCUCGGAAUCCUUCACAACAACAGGAGUGCCAGUCACAGGAUGCCGCAUCAGAGGAAAGCAACAAUUUAAACCACCUCUUCAUACAACCGCCAGGUUGCAAAACAUCCCCCGAAAGCAAAGGACACAACGGCGCGUCUAUCCCCUGCUAUGGAGUAGUUCCUGAAUCUGUAGUUAGAUGGAGGAAGAGAGAAAGGUUUGGUCAGACGCAGCAAGUCAGAACUCACUUCUCUUCUGCAUACGAGCUCCCCCUGCUCACCAGGCCAGAGAACUACGUACAGAUCAAGAACCCAUCGUGGCUGGGCGGUGGCAGCGGUGCCUUUCCUGACCCCGGCUGUGUGGUGCCCUUUGACGGAUCAGUCACCUCCUGCAUGCCCUCGCACCCCCAUGGAGGGGUCUCUGACUACCUAGGCGUGCCCAGCCUGGGAGGACGGGACCAUGGGGGUCACAUGGGACAGACGCACAUGGGGAGUUUCUUCGGGGCUGGAGGAAUAGGUGGUGGCCGAGGCCUCAACGGAUACGACCUGAACCGUGUGGAUCCAGACAGGAAGUCUUCUAGUAUCGCAGUGCUGCGUAUGAAGGCUAAGGAACACAGCGCAGCUAUCUCCUGGAACACAUGA